AUGUCACCCAAGCAGUUCUAUCUCCUCGGUGAGGCCGUGUCCUCUGCCCGCCAAGUCGAAGUCGAUGCUUCGCAGGACCUCGACGCCCUCAGGCAGCUCGUCGCCGCCCACUUUGCCAUUGUCGAGCCCAGUGGCAUCGACUUCCUCGUCGCCGAUUCACAACUCACCGAGUUGUCCGACCUUCUGGCCGUCAACGAGCCCAUUGGCAUCACCAUCGAUGGCCAACAAGUGCGCGCUGCUCCUGGACCCAAGGGCCUUCCUUACGUAGGAAACUUCUUCGAAGUCUACCCCGACCACCUGGGCAACCACCAGCGCAUGUUCGAGACGUAUGGCCCGCUGUUCCAGACGACCAACAUGGGCCGCACCGUGUACCAGACCAACGACCCGGCCAUCUCUGCCAUUGCCUUCGCCGAGAGCGACUUCUUCACCAAGAAGAUCACCGAGGAUCACCCGCUGUACGGCAUUAAGAACCAGGAGGCCGGUGUGUUCCUUGGCGACACGGACCAUCCUGCGUGGAAGGCCGCCCAUCGCUUCCUACCGCCCGCUCUGGGCCCGAAGGCCGUUCGCCACUAUGCACCAACUAUGCAGAAGACGGUUGAGGAUGCGUUCCGCGUCUUCGACGAGCUCGACCGCCGCGACGAGGCGUUCAACGUCUACCAGUACAUGCUGAAGCUGGGCUCGCAGGCCGUCGGCAAGCUUGUCCUGGGUAUGGACUUCAGCCACUUCGACGAGGUCGAUGCUCCGCUGCACGAGAUGAUCCGUCUGAUCGCCGAGAUGCUGUCGCUGAACAAGAAGGUUACGUCGCGCGGCAAUUGGUACGCUGCGCUGCCAUUCGGAGACCCGAAGCGCCUGCGCGACAUGAGGGCCCGUAUCGAGGAGUUGAUCUAUGAGUCGGUCAGGAAUGCCGAGAGUGGUGGUGUUGAGGACCUGGAGCUGCAGGACGCGGCGCUGAAGGCCAACAACAUGAUCGACUACGCCAUCCGCGCCGUGGACAACAAGGGCGAGAAGAUGCCCAAGGAGACGUUGGUGCCGUCCCUUCUGGUGGCAACGGGUGCUGGUUUCACCACGACGAGCUCGCUGCUGUCGUGGUUGAUCUACAGUAUGGUGACCUAUGAGGGGGUUCAGGACAGGCUCCUACAGGAGCUUGUCGACCACGGCUUCACCGAUGACACGCAGAUUACCGCCGACCUGACGAACGAGCUCACUUUCCUCGACAAGUUUAUCAAGGAAACGCAACGUCGCCACAACCCAAGCUUCCAGCCCGGCCGUACCGCCAAGACGGACCUCAUUCUGCCUGGAGGAUACAAGAUUCCCGAGGGAUCCAUUGUAAUUCCCGCUCUUCAUGCGCUGCACAACAACGCCGACAUCUGGGACAACCCCUACCGUUUCGACCCUGACCGCUGGGACACGGAUGCGGUCAAGAACCGCCCCAAGGGCUCGUACAUUCCCUUCGCCAUGGGCCAGCGCAUGUGCAUCGGCUUCAACUUCGCCCUCCAAGAAAUCAAGGUCUUCCUGCCCAAGCUGGUGUGGCGCUACCGCUUCACGCGCGAGGGCAACGAUGCCGUCCAGUACGACCCCAUGUUCCAGCUCAUCCGUCCCAACAACCUGUACGUGCGCGCCGAGCGCCGCGAGAAGUGGCCGGCGCGGUCGGAGCGGGAGGACUCGCCCAUGGCGGCGUAGAGGAAGAAUAAGAUGGUGCUAGAGAGAAGAGGUGGAUAUACCAUGUAUAAUUAGGGGCUUGAUUGGGUUUCUUUCAAGUGGACAGCUUAGGGAGUACCGCCGUAUGGGCGUGCGGGUUCAUGAUAACCAGUAGAUUAGAAGAGAUGGCGUUGGGUAUGGGAUAUCAG